GUCGUUAGUUAUCCAAGAGGGACGGUAGAGUCCGGGUCGGUGUGAAAGGAGGCAGCAUGUAGUUGAAGUCAGACCCUGUUAGUUUCGGUAUUUACACCUCACUCUUGCUCCAAACCGCUUCGUUCACCUGGAGGCUGCUUCAACGUCCAGCCGACAUCAUGUUCCUGCGCGGCUCUAAAAAGCGACGGUCGACCCGCUCGCAGGAGGAAGAGGACCCAAACAAAGGCCAGCCCUGUAUGCGCUGUGGAGACCAGUGCCCCGGCUUCCGUGUUCAUGGCUGGAGGAAGAUCUGUGUACACUGCAAGUGUGUGCGAGAGGAGCAUGCUGUGCGCUCGGUGCCAGGGCAGCUCGAAAAGAUGAUGACAAAGCUGGUAUCAGACUUCCAGAGGCACUCCAUCUCCGAUGACGACUCGGGCUGCGCCUCUGAGGAGUACGCAUGGGUCCCACCUGGGCUCAAGCCCGAACAGGUGUACCAGUAUUUUAGCUGCUUACCAGAGGACAGGGUGCCUUAUGUGAACAGUCUCGGUGAAAGAUACCGAAUCAAGCAGCUGCUACACCAACUUCCAGCCCACGACAGUGAGCCCCAGUACUGCAACUCUCUGGAUGAGCAGGAGAAAAAGGAGCUGUGUCUGUUCAGUCAACAAAGAAAAAGAGAAAACUUGGGCCGAGGCAUCGUCAGACUUUUCCCUGUAACCAUGACUGGAGCCAUCUGCCUGCAGUGCGGCAGACAAAUCUGUGGUGGAGAUAUAGCGGUGUUUGCCAGCCGGGCAGGACACAGCAGCUGUUGGCACCCUCAGUGUUUCCAGUGUGCCUCCUGCAGUGAGCUGCUGGUUGAUCUCAUCUACUUCUACCAGGACGGCCAGAUAUACUGUGGCCGGCACCACGCUGAGAGGCUCAAGCCCCGCUGUCAGGCCUGCGAUGAGAUUAUUCUAGCAGAUGAAUGUACAGAGGCAGAGGGAAGAUACUGGCACAUGAAGCACUUCUGCUGUUUUGAGUGUGAGGCUGCGCUGGGCGGUCAGCGUUACAUCAUGAGGGAGAGUCGACCGUACUGCUGCUCCUGCUACGAGUCCCUGUACGCAGAGUACUGUGAUACCUGCGGAGAGCACAUAGGUAUUGACCAGGGCCAGAUGACAUACGAGGGUCAGCAUUGGCACGCCGUGGAGUCAUGUUUCUGCUGCGCCCGCUGUCGACUGCCUCUGCUGGGCCGUCCCUUCCUCCCUCGCGGGGGCCUCAUCUUCUGCUCCAGACCCUGCUCGCUGGGCGAGGACCCCAAUAACUCGGACUCCUGCGACUCUGCUCUGCAGAGCAGACCACCUCACCACAAUAGACGAAGUGGGACGGAGAAACGCCACCAGCUACAGUGUGGUUCUCCACUACAGCCUCUAGAGGGCAUCCACCCCACUAUAACUACUGCAAAAGACUGCAUUCAUACUGCAGUAGAAAACAAGGGUGUCCACUGUACUGCUCCGGUUCAAAAUGGACUUCCUUCGCCCAGCGGUCACCCUCAUCCAAGAGGCUCCUACUCUCCUCUUCCCCACAUUCAUCUAGGAAAUGGCUUAGGUCCAUCCUGGCCCAGUGACCUCCCACAUUACAGUUUACUGCCAGGAGACUGUACUAUCAAACCUCCAGUCAGUGAUCUUCAGUUGCAAGCAGAGCUAAAUGGAAAUGCUGGACUACCUGGUCUUAAUUCAAGAGGAACCUCUGCUGAUAAAGACUGUAGGAACUGGGUGGAAAAGACCAAUCAAGCAAUGCAAGCAUUUCCUCCUAAGAAAAACUCACACAUGAACCAGCUCAUUUCCCCCGACUCACCUCCUCUACCACUAAACAACCCCUCCACCCUCCCACCUCCUCUGCCCGUUAAGUCUCGGGACUUGAUGCCCAGAGAUUCACCUCCUCCAACCCUCCUUCAGCCAGAGGACAGACCCUCAGAUUCUCCUCCCCCGCUGACUCGCAGCAGCACAGCCAGAGUCAGCUUCAGAGAACCGAUCAGCAGCAGCUACUCGGUUGAGGAGGAUGAGGAUGAAGAGGGGCACCAAGAGGAAAACCAGCAAGAAGAGGAGGAGGAGGAGGAGGAGGAGCAGGGAGGUUUUGGAAGCAGAUUACAUCUGCAGAAAGGCAUCCCACCACAGAUGGAUCUACUGGAUGGCUCUUCGUACCAGCAGCGCGGCCUGAGACGGGGAUGGAGUCGCUGUCGUAUCCCUUCAGAUCCUGCCCUCCACCAGAGUUCAGAGCGGCGCUCUCGACGCUCGCGGCCCGAUCGGCCCCACCUGGACACCCUGGACUGGAGAGGCGAGAAAGAGAGAGACACCUGGGGCCCCUCCAACUCCUCCUCUUUAACCCUCCAGCAGGGCCACUACAAACACGGGGACUCCUGUUCUACCUGCUCCUCAUCCUCAGAUUCGGAAGAGGAGGGCUACUUCCUGGGAAAGCCCAUCCCUGUUCCCCCACAACUUCGAAAGCAGGAGCCCGAGGGGGGCAAAGACAGAGAGGCAGACGAGGGGAAGGAGGUGCGGAGAGACAAGGGACUGAGAGGCAGCAUCAGACGGAGACGUGCUCACAGUCUGGGUGCAAAGGACAAAGAUAAAAACUGUGCUAUCUCCUAACCCCCUGCAGCUAGCAACAUUAAAACACAGCAUGUUAUUUUUUAAAUUAUGGUGCAUGAGAAGAGCUAAUGACCAUCAUCAAUCUGGUGUUUACCGGGUUUAUGACGGUGACGUAACGUUCGAUCUCACACACAUAUGCAGACUUUUCCAAAAGGUGAACAACAGCCAUUGUUCCCGACACCAUUCAGCAAAGGGAAGCAAAACAAACCUGAGAAGUCUCUGCCUUGUGUUUGAGGUUUUGACGUCUUGUGAUGAAUGUGGAUUGAGUAUUUGUUAGUAAGACUGUGUUGCAGUUAGUUUGAACUGUUGUUACCUUGCUGUGAAAUAUGACUGCGUUUUAACAUUAUCGUCAUCUACAUAUGCAAACCUGCAGCAGCACGUAUGACCCGGGGCCAGUUUCACAAAGACAAGAUUCAACUGUAACUUGAACAUAAUUCAGACAGACUGAACUAUUCCACUGUGUACAAAGCUAUCAAAGCAUAGCUAAUUUUAAUUUAAAUUUGGACUUUUUUUCCACACUAAUAAACAUAGCUAACUAAGCAACCAUUUCAAACAGCUCAGCUCUGCAGAGGGUGUUUACCUUCCUGAACAUUUUAAUAGAUACAGAGACAUUUAAAUGGCAAAACGCAGUGAAGUUCAAAUGUUAAAUCCACACUCAGGCUCAGUCCACACUCUUCCCUUUUCAUUCUGUUCUCUAAAAACCACAAAUUAUGAGCCAUGUUUUCCAUUUUUUUGUCUUUGGGAACACUGGUCAGCAGGUGUCAUUAGUUGUAACCAUGGAAACAUACAGACAAAUGACAAAUAGGAAACACCCUUCAUUCCUACAAUGAGAGGUUUCCAGUUGCUCUGUUCUAUUGUGGGGACAUUUUGCUGGCAUGAUUUGUCAUUUUUGUCCUUUUAGAGGAAAGAACCACUGCAAAUCAAUGCAGAGUUGUUCUAAAUGUUGAACUUUAUCCUAUUAGUCACUCCAUGUAAAAUGAAUCAGUGCCUCCCACCUGACCGGCUCAGAAUCAGCUGACUUUUUUUGUACAAUAGCUUUUGUGUAUUUAUUGAAUCCAGGCAAAAUGUUCCCUUCCUACUAUAGUCUGUGACUUACAGGCAAUUGAAUUACAUAGGGAUGGGUCAAAAUUUGCACUUUUUAUUUUAGUAUGCAUUUCCCUUUCUAACUUCAUAAUCGAAAACACAUCUGAGUUCUGUUAAAAACUGCGACCAAAUCAAUGUUGCAUCCACUUCAGGUGUCACAAUCUAAAGCAGAAAUCUCAUUUUUGUUCACUACAAUCUUACCCAUAACCAGCUAAGAGCAUCAUGAUCAUGAGUACAGAGCAGCAGCUCUUAUGUAUACAUCAGUUUUUUUUGUUUUUGUUUUUUUUGGAAUGUCUGUGACAAUAAAUCUUGCAUACCCUGGAUGUGUUACAUGUUUCCUAAAAAAUCCACUGGAGAAAACCUAGAGGAAAAAGUGCGUUUUGGGUAAACUUUCAAUCAUCAUAUCACCACGUGUGACAGGUGGCUGGUCAAAUCAAGUUAUAGCAUAUAAAAGCUCUCAUUUUUAUGUACAUGUUGAUACAAGGCUCGUCUUCUAGUCGUGAUUCCUUCUGUGCCAAAACAGUUUUUUAAAAUUAUUUUGUAAAAAAGUUCAACCCACCCCGAAGUACUUUGAGGUUCUGUAACUCAGAAUAUAUUCAUAUCUUUAUUAAAUAUAAUAAUGUUACUGUACAUUCAAACAAAUCUGCUGAUUUCAGGAAGUCAAGUGGGAUUUUUUUUCAGUUUUGAUAAAUUUUUCAUGGACUGACCCUUAUAAUGAAACAUUUAUAUCCUGAUGGAAGUGGUCUCUUCCAGACUGAUAAUGCUGCCAUCCACAGGGCCUGUUGUCACUGAAUGGCUGGAUGAAAAUUAUGUCAAUAAUAUACUACUGCCUUCAACAACACCUUCAACAGAUUCUGAGCCAACCAUCAAAACACCAAAUUAGAAAAUAUCUUUUGGAAGAAUGAUAUUCAUCCCUUCAGUAGAGCUUCAGAUUUGAAGAAUCAAUUUCAAGCUGCAUGAUGAAAAGAACUGAUGCUUGACUUACACACUUUAUGUUCAUUUUUCCCUUAAUUUACACAUAUCUGUAACUUUGAGUUAGCCUGGGGUUAAAUAUAUUUUUUGGACUACAAACCAUUAAACCUAAAAUAUCUUUGCAAAACUGGCCUCAACACAUUCCUCCUUCAUGGUUUAUAAAAAGAAUAUAUUUUAUUUCCAGCUCUCCUGUAACCAUUUUUCUGUGCUCUUAUAUAUAAUAUAUUACAGUUAUUGAUACUAAAUGGCCAAAUAGUGUGAAAGUAAGAAGUGUGGUGACACAAUGUAUAACUAUUGUGAACUUUGGAGGUUACAUUUGUUGCCGUUCAAGUGAAAUACCACAAAAUCUGUACACAUUCUUCAAGUCUGUAAUUAUGCCUGAUUUAAAGGUCGUCUAUUUUUGUAUACUCGGUGUAGGUCACCCUUCUGUCUUGCUUUAUUUGGGGGUAAAAGGAAGCGAUUAUAAGGCCUUUGUGUUUCUCUGGUCAUAUGAUGUACAGGAGUAAAAUUGUCCAACUCGUUUAUC